GACAAAAAGGAAAUUAAAUAAAAAAAAGGAAAAAAAGAAAAGAAAAGAAAGCAAAAGCAGCACAUAAAAACCAUCAUUCGACCCCAUCACACAACCAAAAACUCAAGCUCCUCCAUUUUCACACGCCCUUCAGAGUAAACAUUCCAACCGGACUUCCUCCCCCUUCCUUCACAGAACACCCUAAAGCUCUGAUCUUUUAUUCCCUAAACCUAAAUUCCAACCAAAAAUCAACUGCAUUUUACAAUGGAGAAUGUUUUUGUUGCCGUUAACUGCGAGCUUAAAGCUUGUGGGAUAGUGUAGAAUUCUCUCUCUGUGUGUGUUUUCAGCUAGAACUGGGAAAAAGAAGAGUCUUUUUCCUCUUUCUUUCUUUCAUUCUUCUUCUACUCUCUCUCUCUCUCUCUCUCUAGAAUGGCCUGCGAGCGCGUGAUAGCUGAGAGCUUGGAUCCAGAGAGGAAAAGGAGUGGUGGGUUGAGAACAAAACAAGCUGGGCGCGGCUCUUGCAGAGGAAGUUAGGCUGACAAAGAGAGAUUGAAGAAACUGCCCUUUUUCACACCCUUCUGUGAGGAAUUUUCACAAACACCUUGCGUGCUCGCACACUUCCUCAACAUUCAUUUGGUGAUAUCUCCAUCUACACACACGCACACUUAAAAGAAAAGGAAAAAAAAAAAAGACUUUCUGCACAUUUAUUCGGUGCAUGCUGCUACUGCUCCAUUAAAAUUUAAAGUAGCAGCGAUGGGGUAUUUGUUGAAAGAGGGUUUGAAGACUCUUUGUGGGGUUAAUCAGUGGUCUUAUGCUGUUUUCUGGAAGAUUGGCUGCCAAAAUCCCAAGCUUUUGAUUUGGGAAGAAUGUUACUACGAGGCUGCAACGUGUCCGGGGCUACCGGGAAAGGAGAAUGCAGAUGCCAGUCUUCACGACUACAACUCAUCUUGGAUCUCAGCAGAAGCAGGGGACAAGGUGCAUUUGCUCGUGAACAAGAUGAUGAUGGACAGCCAUGUUAAUAUUGUGGGAGAAGGGUUAGUUGGAAGGGUUGCAUUUACGGGUAACCAUCAGUGGAUCCUAUCUGAGAAUUACUGCGGCGACUCUUACCCACCAGAGGUUGUGAAAGAGGUGUGCCAGCAGUUUUCAGCUGGUAUGCAGACAGUGGCAGUUGUUCCUGUUCUUCCCCAUGGCGUCGUGCAGUUUGGUUCGUCCAUGGCAAUAAUGGAGAAUUUGGGGUUUAUCAAUGAUGUAACAUCAUUAAUACUUCAGCUAGGAUAUGUAUCUGGUGCACUACUGUCACCAAAUUAUGAAGCAAAAGAGCAACAUGCUCCAAGAAUUGGGGUUCCAGUGGGGAAUUUCACUUCUGGAGGCUUGUCUCUCGAGCCAAACACUUGCUCGUUCGACUCUUUUAACUACGUAGGGAACCCGAACCAGUUCUCCCUGGCUGGACAAAUCCAAAACGAGCUCAAGUCAAGUGGCUCGGCACAUGAAGCCUCAAACUCGAACCAUGAUGGAAUCAGGCACCAAAGCUACAAAUUCACAAAUGGUGGUGUGGCAAAAGCUGAGGUUAUCAUCCCCUCGAAUUCUGAGAUGUGGAAGGACCAAAAUACCCCUCUGCAUGCGCCUAGGUCUGCUUUAGGUCUACCUUCGAGCAGUUCACCUACUUUCAGCCACGGCACAGUAAGAGGCGCAGAGCAGAGAACGGUGUCCACCACUGGCAGUCAGGGCCAUUUUACCGCCCCCAACGAUGUCAUGCAUUCACUGGUUGCGAAUUCUGGCUCGAUUUACUGCUCUGAUGGUUCUAUUAUUCACUCAUCAUUAGGAGUAAAUGGCGCGAUGAGCAGCAGUAAACCAGUAUCAGCCGAUGCCAGCCUGCCUAAAAACGAAAAGCUUCUUCAUAAAGUGGAGCCUGCAAACUCUAACUCAGUUGACUGUUUCACAUCUAAUUCUUCACUCGCUUAUAGCUUCGACAGCAAACUUCACCACAUCGAGCAAAGUCAGUUGAACGACUGCAAGGAAGGGAUGGGGUGGCAUCCACAUCAAGGCCGUGAUUUGCCUCUGCCUCAAUUUGUUGAGCAUCUAAACAUGGCUGAGCUUAUUCCUGGAGGUCAAAUUCCUUAUGUAAACAACUCCAGUUAUGAUGAUGUAUGCGUCCAACCUGAAUCGGGAGAUGACUUGUUCGAUGUUUUGGGGGCUGAUUUCAAGAAUAAACUUUUUAACAGUUGCUGGAAUAGUUGUUUAAGUGAUCAAUCAGCCCCAAACUGGGAUAAUAAAAGUGAUCUGCCGCCUAAGAAGAGCCUUGCUUCUUCAGAAGCAUAUUCUGCUAGCCAAGGAAACUCAGAAAGUGGGAUUUUCCCAUCCGACCAUCUCUUGGAGGCCGUGGUUUCUAAGGUUCGACCUUGCAGUAAGCAGAGCAUGGACGACAGUGUUUCCUGCAGAACGACGUUAACAAAUAUGAGUAGCGCCUCCACGCCCAACAGUUCACUUCCUUAUGGCCGAUUUGGGGUUUCUGAACAAUUGAAGGGAGAGUUGUUUGGUGUCCCUAAAUAUCUGGCAAAGGUAGGGGCAAUGAGUUCUUGCUCGUUGAGAAAUGGGUCCUCCAAGGAAGAAUCGAGAUCCUAUUCCCAAGGAAGCUCCAUUUACGGGUCACAGAUAAGCUCAUGGAUGGAGAAGGAUCAAAAACCAAAGCCAAGUAACAGUGUGUCUACUGGACACUCUAAGAAACCAGAUGAAACGGGCAAAACAAACCGCAAGCGCCUUAAACCGGGAGAAAGCCCGAGGCCUAGACCAAAAGAUCGCCAAAUGAUCCAGGAUCGCGUCAAGGAGCUUAGGGAGAUUGUGCCAAAUGGGGCGAAGUGUAGCAUUGAUGCUCUGCUCGAACGUACCAUCAAACACAUGCUUUUCUUGCAAAGUGUCACGAAACAUGCAGACAAGCUAAAGCAAACCGGAGAGUCUAAGAUUAUUAGCAAGGAUGGAGGUUUGCUUUUGAAAGACAACUUUGAAGGAGGAGCUACAUGGGCAUACGAAGUAGGUUCACAAUCUAUGGUCUGUCCGAUCAUAGUUGAGGAUCUUAAUCAGCCUCAUCAAAUGCUAGUUGAGAUGCUCUGUGAGGAAAGAGGUCUGUUUCUAGAAAUAGCAGACAUAAUCAGAGGACUGGGCCUAACCAUCCUAAAGGGAGUCAUGGAGACACGGAAUGACAAGAUAUGGGCACGGUUUGCUGUAGAGGCAAAUAGGGAUGUGACGAGGAUGGAAAUCUUCAUCUCAUUAGUCCGUCUCUUGGAGCAGAGCUCAAAAGGCAGCAAUCCUCAACAGAAUAAUGGCAUCAGCAACGACAACAACCUAAUGCCUCAACAGUUCCACCAUGCCGCCCCAGUUCCCUUGACUGCUAGAUCCCGUAGCUUACAGUGACGGUCUGAAACCUGGUCUGAAUGUGUUAAGAGCGAGCAGACGAAACCCGAAGCUUCGCCAUGACCAACACGUUCCCAAAGAAAACCUCAGAAGCAAUCAAGCAAGCUGUGAUGGCAGCUGACAGCUGACACCUCCAAGACUAAAUCUGUAGGUAAUGAUGCUCCAAAAGAACAAACUACUCGUAGCGCUAUAGUGUAUACAAAGAUGGAGAUAGUUUGGGAUAUAUGCAGUCGCGUAUUUUAGACUUCGAUAAGGCUUGCAGAUAGUUAAGUUAGUUGGAUGGGUGAGGGGAAAAAGAUGAAACUGGUUAGUUGAUUAGUGUAAAUUGAUAUUUAAGCAUGGGAUUGUGAUUGGGGACAAGGUGUGGAUUCAUGUUUAUUUUUUUCCUUGUAUCUUUUUUCCAGUUUAUGUCAGAAUUGUGGAUUCAUUUGCUUACAAAAUUAUGUCUAGUUUUAACCUAGCCUCUAAACUGCUGCAUGGUGGUGAUAUUCUCUGCCGCACGCGGUAGAGCGCCCUUGCCCAGUUUCGGAGUAGCUUAGGAGUUCCAUUUCCACUAAUGCAUUCUAAAUUUAGCAUGUCA